GACGAGGAGCGGAAGUUCUCGAAGAUUCCCGGCGAGCGCGGAUGCAUGAUAGAAACAUUAUUUUGCUCUGUCUGCUCAAAGACACUUGGCAGUGUCUACAGGUGCACCCCAAAGCAUCUCGACUACAAGAGGGAUUUGUUCUGUUUCAGUGUUGAUUCAGUGGAAAGUUACAUUCUAGGAUCCUCAGAAAAGGAAGCUCUUACUGACGAGGAACCUUUAACUCUUGAAAAUCGAGCUGCCUUUGAAGAGGUGCUACAAAGGGCAGACACUGUGUUGAAGGCUCUGGAGGCGAGACUGAUUGCUGUUGAACUGAGCAUGUCUUCUCUUC